AUCCGGUUCCGUGGACGGACUGCUCACGCGGCCGCGUCUCCCUGGGAAGGCCUCAAUGCCUUGGACGCAGCCGUCACUUCUUACAUGAACGUCUCCGUGCUUAGGCAGCAGAUGAAGCCUGAGUGGAAAGUACAAGGGGUGAUGCUGAACGCCGGCAAGUACCCGAAUGUCAUUCCGGAGGAGAGCGAACUCAGGUACCAGGUCCGGGCCCCGAACACGGAUGAACUGAACCUGCUGGUCUCCAGGGUCGAAGCGUGCUUUAGGGGCGCCGCUGAAGCCACGGGAUGCUCGGUGGACAUCGCCAAGGGAAUCAAGUACAAGCACAUGAUUAACAAUGGCACCAUCAUCGACGUCUUCCAGAAACACGCUGAGGCUCUUGGCAUGGUCUUUGAGGACGCCGAUCCGGCAGUGGCGAAGAGAACCGGGGCUUCGACGGACACGGGCAACGUGUCUCAGCAACUGCCCACCGUGCACCCCGUGUUCGCGAUUCCAUCGAAGGGGCGCAACCACACCCGAGAGUUUGCCGCUGGUGCGGGCGACACCGGCGCCCAAGAACCAACUCUGAAGGUGGCCCGGGCCAUGGCGCUGACGGCUCUCGACUUGCUCGCGAACCCUGGACUGAUCGGCCAGGCUAAAAAGGAGCUGACGCUCGCCACCGCCUUGACGACAAAUAAGUAACCAUGUACUUGGGACUUAUUGAUGGAUUGCCAAUGGCAUGAAUGCCUAAAUAUACCUAUAAUGAUUGUUAUGUUUCAUCUUCAGAGCACACUGAAUUAUUGAUGAGGCCCGGUUUGUUUAUGGGCAAGACAUUCAGUCCUACCCGAAACAAUAAAAUGUUUAUUUAGAUGCGUUAUAUGAGUUAAAAGUAAGUGUGUUGCGUCCAUGUUUAGACAGCUGGAAGUUGGCCAGUUCCAAUGGGCGUCUGACUUUGGUUUGCUAUGUUAUGUUUGCUUGCUACUUCCGCCCCUGCAUCUUUGUAGCGUACAUGAUUUAAUUGUCUGCGCGUUUCUCGGUGUGUUUCAUGUCUUAAAGUGUUCAGUGUCAGUAAAAUUUUCUUUAUAAGCGAA